UCUCACGGUGAAUUAUUAUGUAAAUGGAAACAAGAUCCGGUUAUAAUUAUUUGUGUGUCAUUAUAAGGGCUCAGGCGUGUUGAUUCAAUUUCAGUACCGUGAAAAUGAAUGGUGUAGUUAGGCUGGCUAUCGUUGUCUUCCUUGUAAGGGGUAUCUUUGCCGGUUACUGCAGGACAACAUACUCCUGUCAAGGAUCAUGUUUAACUUCGCAGAGAUAUUACACAAGUUGCGGAACUUGGGGCUGGAGCAGAUGCGCCAGAUACCGAUCCGUUUACCAGCCAUGUGCACAGACAUGCUAUAGAAGUGUUUGCUGUUUGGGCUAUUCUGGAAGUGACUGUAGCAUCCCUUCGUGUUUUGGGUCAUAUUCGUGUCCUAACGGUGGUACAUGCCAAUCUCCAGACAUAUGUAGCUGUCCACGUGGCUUUUCCUCGCCCAGGUGUUAUGAUAUCAACGAAUGCAACAGCAGCGGUCAUGGGUGUCAACACAAUUGUGUCAAUACUUAUGGCUCUUACCGUUGUACAUGUAGAGCAGGCUAUACACUGACCUCGGAUCUCAAGUCAUGUCAAGACAUAAACGAAUGCAAUGUCAACAAUGGAGGAUGUAGUCACAAAUGCAACAACAAUGUCGGAUCCUUCUCUUGUAGCUGUAGGACAGGAUACACAUUUGGUACUGACGGACGAUCAUGUAACGAUGUGGAUGAAUGCAUGCUCGGAACAGCAGCUUGUUCUCAUAAAUGUACAAACACUGAAGGUUCCUUUACAUGCUCAUGUAAUACUGGAUAUACUUUAGGUGUCGACAGACGGUCGUGUGAAGAUGUCGACGAGUGUGUUGAAGGAACAGCCAAAUGUGAUGGUUACUGCAACAACACCCCUGGGUCUUACACAUGUUACUGCGACCCUGGCUAUAUCACUGACAUUACCGGGUAUUCCUGCAAAGACGUGAAUGAGUGCGACACUGGAAACGGCGGCUGUGCUCAAACAUGUAUAAAUGAGCCAGGUUCACACAGGUGUGAAUGUCAAAACGGAUACAAAGCUGUGUUUUCAAGUACAGAUAGCGAAGUGUGUGAAGAUAUAGACGAAUGCAUGGAGUCAAGCGCAUUAUGCUCUCAAAUUUGUGACAACACAGUUGGGUCCUUUAAGUGUAGUUGUAAUAGUGGUUUCAACCUUAACACAGAUGGUAUUUCUUGUGAAGGUUAG